UUUGCUUGAAUCUAGUUCAAAAUACAACAUGUCAACAGCAGUCAAUGAAAAAGUGGCUCUUAUUACCGGCGGUGCAAGUGGUGUAGGAUUAGAAUUCGUUAAAGAAUUGCUGAGAAAUGGAAUUAAGGGGAUUGAAGUAGCAGACAUAAAUACAGUUUACAUACAGAACGCCAAGGAAGAGAUCGAGAAAGAAUUUGGCAUGAAUAGAGUUGACUUCAUACAAACUGACGUUUGUGAUAAAAAUCAACUGAAAGCUGCAUUUGAGAGAACUAUCAAGGUAUAUAAUCAACUUGACAUGGUAUUCAGUAAUGCUGGCAUUGCAGACGAUCUAGAUUUCCAGAAAGAAGUAGAUGCUAACUGUGCGGAGGUACAAUGUAAAUUCCUAAUAAAAUAUUUUUCUUAUUCAAAUAUGUCGUCCGUAGUACAAGGAAAAGUGGCCUUAAUUACCGGUAGUGCAGGUGGAAUAGGGUUUGCAUUCGCUCAGGAACUAUUACGAAACGGAGCUAAGGCAGUUGAAUUAGUGGAUGUCAACGCGGAUUUGCUUCAGAAAGCCAAAGAACAAAUUGCAAAAGAAUUUGGACCAGAUAAAGUAGAUUUCACAAAAGCAGAUGUUACUGACAAAAAUCAAUUGGAAGCUGCUUUCAAAAAAGCUAUUCAGGUAUUUAAUCAGUUGGACAUAGUCAUUAAUAAUGCAGGUAUUCUCGAUGAUGUUAACUACGAGAAAGAAAUACAAAUUAAUUGUAACGGCGUGGUCUACGGAACUCUUUUAGCAGUAAACGAAUACCUUCCAAAAUAUAGAAGUGGAAAAGAAGGUUACGUGGUGAAUUUAUCUUCAAUUUGUGCUUUACAUCCUGCAUCGUUUGCACCGAUAUACACUGGUUCUAAAUGGUUUGUCGUUGGGUUUGGUCGCGCCAUAGGUGCAAGUGAUUAUUACGAGAAAACAAAAGUUAAAGUUCUUACACUUUGUCCAGGCGCUACAAAGACAAACAUUGUCUUAAAAGGUCUGGAUCCUGAGUUAACCAGAAUUCGUUUGAAAGACAUAGAAGCAGCACCAGUGCAGGAGGCCAGCCACAUGGGAAAAGAACUAGUAAAUAUCCUGAAUACAGCAACAAGUGGGACAGUAUGGCUUAUAGAGAACAAAGAACCUGCUCGUGAAAUUACAUAUUAAGAACCUUACGGCCAACAACUUCAUGUUAGUUUCAGUGUAUUUUAAAUCAAUAAAUUUUUAUGUAGUUUAUUUAA